AUGCUUAAGCUCUUAGCGCUUAAUGGAUUUUUACUCACCCUGAGCUUAUCGUCAGCUAUCAGCAUCCAUGAACCCGUAAUGUGUGACUUGUUCGAAGAAGCUACAAGUCUUCAUUGUGCCGCUCCUUUGGUAGAAUAUGCUGAUCUAGCUUAUCGCACUCUUCAUCCUCCACUCAGUACCAUAGGAGAUUUAUGUCAUCAAUAUGAAAAAUAUCUGAUAUGUACGGCUGGAGUUAGAAGUGAAUGCAGACGUUCUCGAGCACCAAAUGUGGAGAGAAUGUAUGAACUGAUGUGUGAAGAGAAGUAUCUGAGCAUUGUACGCGAAGAAAAACACUGCUUGGUAGAGCUCGAAAGUGAUGAAUUGUUAAAAGAAUGUUUUGUUAAUCGUACAAAUAUCUUACGUGAUGAAGAGGUGAUAGAAUCAAUCGGAGACAGUACUCAUCCUCCGGUUAGUUAUGAAUGUAGCGUAAUCCAAGCUUAUGUCGAUUGUUUAUUGGAACGUGACACAAAUGAAUGUUCCGAUGCUGUAAAGGUCGAAGUAUCAUUGUUGUCACUUAUGGCUAUUAGAGAUGGCUCCGAAUGCCAACUAAUCACAGAUGGAAGUCGAUCGCGUCCGAAAGCUGAGCCCCAAGAAGUUUGUGAUAAGCAUGGACUCUGUGUCUGCCGUUCGCAAGGGUACAUUUACGAUGCGUCAAUUUCAAAAUGCGUUGAUAUAAAUGAGUGUGAUUCACCUACCAAUGGGUGCUCUCAAAUGUGUGAGAACCUACCAGGAUCAUAUGAGUGUACUUGUGAUCAAAAGUUCUAUCAUCUGGCUCAAGAUAACAAGACGUGUAAUCGAAAUGAUGCUGAUCCUCUUUGGCUUUUCUUCGCUCAUGGUCAAUCUAUCUGGAAUAUCUCAUCUGAUGGAAAGACUUUCCAACUUCAAAGAGCUGGGCUUCAGAAGACAGCUAUGUUGGAUAUCGAUGUUUAUGAGAAAAGAAUUUACUAUGCUGACAUUGGGGCUAAUGCUAUCGAAAGGAUGAACAUGGAGGGCACCUUCCCUCAAGUUAUUCAGAGAAUGGAAGUUGAUGGAGUCGAAGGAAUUGCUGUUGACUGGAUGGGCCGAAAUCUUUACUCUUUGCGAAGAAACGAUAUUCUUGUUCAAACUCUUGACGGAAGAUAUAGACGGGCAGUUUACAGCAAUGUGAUGAAACUCCCUCGAGCUAUUGCUCUGCAUCCACAGAUGGGAAAGAUGUUUGUAUCUGACUGGAGUUCAUCCGCUUUCAUCGCUGUUGCAAAUAUGGAUGGAACUUCUUUCAAGAAGAUUAUCACCGAACGGGUUACUUGGCCCAACACAUUGACAGUCGAUAUUUACGCGGACAAGUUCUAUUGGGCUGAUGCCUUCCUGGACGUCAUUGAAGUCGCUAAUUUGGAUGGAAGUGGUCGUCGUGUAAUUAUCUCAGACUCUGGUUCUGUCCCACAUGUCUUUGGUAUGGCUGUCGCAGACGAUCAUCUAUACUGGACUGAUUGGACUUACAGAGGAUUGCUCCGUGCCGACAAAUUGACGGGAGACAAUAUCACUGUAUUGGCACAAACAGCUCUCCUUCCCUAUUCACUUAAAGUGUUCCAUCAAAGUGUUCAGCCAGCAGAGCCAACAUCUUGUGGUACGAAGGGUUGCACGCAACUCUGUCUUUUGGGACCUAAUGAGGCUGCUACUUGCGCAUGCGGAGAAGGCUUCGAACUUACUGACGAUGGAAAGACUUGUAUCUCCAACUGCUCCUCAUCACAAAUCGAAUGUGGAGGCACAGAUCCAAAAUGCAUUUCCAAAUUAUACUUAUGCGAUGGGAUCGCUCAUUGCGCAAAUCAUGCUGAUGAAACAAGAUGUCCUGCGAGAUUUUGCUUACCGGGCCGAUUCCAAUGUCACGACAAUAAGAGUUGUGCUCCACCUGGUGGAUUGUGUAAUGGCGUCCAUGAUUGUGCCGACUCUUCUGAUGAAAUAUAUUGCGAACAGAAAGUCCAUCUAAUCCAUGCUUCUCUUUAA